UAGCCUAUUUAUAUCCGAGCUCGGCGGCGCUCUGUCUCGGCUUGUGCCUUCUUCUACCUUCCGUACGCCGCCCAUUCAACGGCCGGCGCUCUCGGUCUCGUUUUCUGCCUUCCGCACGUCAGCACGAGCCGCCCAUCCCAACGGAAUUUUCAUACAUUUGAGAUGUACAGGGCUUCAAAUUUCUUACCUGAUCCUAAUCAGGAGCUCCUGGAUGCCAAGCCAUUGAGGUCUUUAGCUCCUAUGUUCCCUGCACCCAUGGGAGUCAAUGUUAAUCAGUUAAGCACGCCGCCAUUGGUCUGUGUCACUCCGGUUGGCCAAUUUCCUACAGGGUUCGGUGCUGGGAACCUUCCUGCCUUUGGAUCAAUCACCACUUUCAGUGCCACUGCGAAUGGUGUUUCCUAUGCAGGCACCAGUGCUAAUGGGCCCAUUGAUGCCACCCCUAUCUCCGCGUACAAGACGAGAUCAAGCAUUAUAUCACUUGAUUGUGAUGAUGAACCUUACUCGGGUAACCAAACUUCGGCAUCUGGACGGAAGACUAGGCGAGGCCGUCCUCCCGGUUCUGCUGCUGAUGGCUCAAAUGGAGUUAAGUUAAAGCGCCCAAAGCCCACAUACAAGAAUUUUGUUGCUGGCAAGGAACUUGCCUUUCUGCCAUCUUCGUCCACUGAUCCCAGGGAGAUUGUGGAAGCAGUUCACAUGACCUUUGAGGCACUCAGACGGAGACAUCUGCAGUUGGAUGAAACACAAGAGGCGAGCAGACGUGCAGACCUGAAGGCUGGUGCCAUCAUGAUGGCCAGUAAUAUCAGGGCCAAUUCGGGAAAGAGGGUAGGAACUGUCCCUGGAGUUGAAAUAGGGGAUAUUUUCUAUUUCAGGAUGGAGCUGUGUGUCAUUGGGUUGCAUGCACCUAGCAUGGGUGGCAUUGAUUACAUGACUACGAAAUUUGAAAAUGACGACGAUUCUGUAGCGAUAUGUAUCGUCUCUGCCGGCGGUUAUGAGAAUGAGGAUGAUGACACAGAUGUGCUGGUGUACAGUGGUCAAGGGGGAAAUAGUAGGAAUACUGAGGAGAGGCAUGACCAGAAGCUUGAGAGGGGUAACCUUGCUCUUGAGAGGAGUCUGCACAGGAAGAAUGAGAUAAGGGUUGUACGGGGCUUCAAGGAUCCAUUUUGCAUAACUGGGAAAGUCUACAUAUAUGAUGGCCUCUACAAGAUUCAUGAGUCCUGGAAGGAGAGGACAAGGUCUGGUAUCAAUUGCUUCAAGUACAAGCUGCUGCGUGAACCUGGACAGCCUGACGGAGCUGCAAUAUGGAAGAUGACUCAGAGAUGGAUAGCUAAUCCAGCUACCAGAGGCAGUGUUAUACUAGCUGAUCUAUCAUCUGGGGCUGAAAUUGUGCCAGUUUGUCUUGUCAAUGAGGUAAACCAUGAGAAAGGACCUGGACAAUUCACUUAUACUAAUCAGGUUAAAUAUUUGAGGCCCCUCAGUUCUAUGAAACCGUUGCAGGGCUGUGGAUGCCAGAGUGUUUGCUUACCUGGUGAUGCCAGUUGUGCUUGUGGACAACAUAAUGGAGGCGACUUACCUUAUAGCUCAUCAGGAUUGUUGGUAUGCCGUAAAUCAAUAAUAUAUGAAUGUAGUGAAUCUUGCCAUUGUUCUUCAAAUUGCCGGAACAGAGUGACCCAAAAAGGGCCCAGGUUGCAUUUUGAGGUCUUCAUGACCACAAAUCGAGGCUGGGGUCUUCGCUGCUGGGAGCCUAUUCGUGCCGGUGCAUUUAUAUGUGAGUAUACCGGUGAGGUCAUUGAUGAGCUCAAAGUUAAUUUGGAUGAUAGUGAAGAUGAUUACAUUUUUCAGACUGUAUGUCCUGGUGAGAAGACUUUGAAAUGGAACUAUGGGCCUGAACUAAUAGGUGAGGAGAGCACAUAUGUUUUGGCUGAUGAAUUUGAGCCACUGCCCAUCAAGAUAAGUGCAAAAAGUAUGGGAAAUGUCUCUCGUUUCAUGAACCACAGUUGCUCACCAAAUGUCUUCUGGCAACCAGUUCAAUAUGACCAUGGAGAUGACAGGCACCCACAUAUCAUGUUCUUUGCAUUGAAGCAUAUUCCUCCCAUGACAGAACUGACUUAUGACUAUGGUGUGGCUGGAGCUGAGUCCAGUGGUGUAGGUUCUCAUAGAACUAAAAACUGCAUGUGUGGAUCACGAAACUGCCGGGGUCUAUUUUGAUAGAUUGAGGGGCUUGUUCAUUGUGGUUAAUCAUGCAAACCACAAUCUGCUAGUUCGAGCACCAAGCAAACAUGAAAAUUCCGGGAUCCAAAGAUGAUUAUGUAGUCUAUGGAGUGUUGUAGCACCUUUUCAAAAUUGGACUUGACACUCAAUGAGCCAACGUGUUAGAAGAAACAAAAAUAUGUGUUUUCUGUGGCCAGUAAUAUUUGUCAAUACAUUUUCCUUUUGACUUCAUUUGUCAGAUUUUUUUUUCAUGUUCAGAAGUACAAGGUAGAGUAAAUUGAGAAGAACAUUUUUGGAAAGCCGCCUUGCACAAUUACACCACAAAGGCUGUUUGUAUAUGAUAUUUUACCACCUAAAUGCCCUGUUUGUUGACUCGCAAUAGUUAUGUGAUCACUAACUCUUCAUGUAUGUAGGAGUAUCGUAGAAUCGAUCAUUCAUCUUCUGUUUGAACCAGCUUUUCUUUUUAUUUACAUUUCAUAAUGUGAUUUGGAGCUGCAAAUAUAGGGUGAUGAUAGGUCAAGCUCCGCUCUUUUCUUCUUUUUUAGUGGGAAAUGUUAUUGCAAAUGUUUAUCGCCCAACAUCAUUCUUCUACAUUUGAGUUUAAUAACUUUGUU